CCCUAACUCGAGCCCAUCAAAACCACUUCCAAGCCUCUCUUCCUUCGCCCACCUCCCUCGCCGUCAGCGCCUCACCGGCGCACUCCCCCACCCCACCCCGGCGGGCUUCGUCCGGGCAUCUCCCGUCACGCCCGCCGCCAGCGCUCUCAUCCCCUCCUCGCGUGGUGAGGGGAUUUGGUCCCAUUCUCGGUUUUGUGAUGCCAGGUUGUUGGGUUUGACAUUACAUUUAUCUGCACUGCAAAUCCUUUCUUACUACCAAUCUGGUAGCUUUGAUUAGCAAGUUUCAACUCCCAAGAUUGCGUUGCUUGAAUGGGUUGCAGGUUUGCGCCGCAUGUGUCCUGUUCAUUCAGGUAUGCAUCGAUCGCGAUGGCCAUUAAUUAAGAUUGGUUGGGCCUUAUAUGCUGCCCAUCAUGAUAAUGCACCCACCAACCAUUUACUCAAGCCUGAAGCCUCCAAUAAUUUAUAGACUUUAGUCGGUAAAACUCCUCUUAAGGUACAGUUCUAUUGUUAGGUCUCAUCAGUUGCUUAGGUCGUAUCUAGUUUAACCCGACUUUUAAUUAUAUGUGUUUAGGAAAGGAUAGCACACUUAUGUCUGAAGUCUCUAAUGGUUUCAAAACUGUAAGUGCCACGAUAUUUUUUGCCGAAAUAUGUGCCUAUUAUUGCAAAGUAAAAUGCAGAAGACAUGUUUAAUUCCAUCUGAUUGUUACGAUGGUGAACCAAAUUUUACUGGGCUUGAGCUGGCUUACCCUAUUUUCUAGCGUCUGUCUAUAGUCUAUAUUCUAGUUUAUGUGUCCUGAAGUACCCCACUCAAUCCAGCCAUGCUGUUGUUACACUUAUACCUUGCACCGUCUUAUAGCAUCAAUCAGCCUUACCAAUUUGUUUUUAUGUCGCCUCAAAAAAAUUUGUUUUUAUGCUUGCUUGUACCUUCAGAUGGAUUCACCAAAAUAAGAAUUGCAAGCCAAAAUAGCUGCAUGCCUCCUCCAGGGCAAAGAUGGUGGUCUACCGGCUGUUCAUUAGCUGGUGGAGGCAAACUUUUUCAAGCUUCUUGAGCCUCCAUAUUCUUCAAGUUUUGAUACUUUGGUCAAACAUGAUUUUAAGGCUCAUCUUAGGAUGGCUGUGGUGCCUCAUCCACAUGGCAAUCAGCCUCUUUGAUUUAUGGUCAUGCUUGAGUAAGAAACUAGAAUGCUACCUCAUUUCAUCUGAGUUGUUGUCCAAGUACCAAAUUCUACAUCUUGAGAGACUUAAGUGCUUGGGAGUGGUAGUGGAUAGCAGAGAAGCAAAGAAUGUUAUGGAGAUCAAACAGCUUUUACACUGGUUCUCCACUGUUGGAAUCAAGUAUGUAGUUCUCUAUGACAUAGAAGGAGUAAUAAAGGAAUCAAUUGAACAUGGUAUAGAAGCCUCCAGAGAUGAGAGCACAAGUAAUUUUUCAGAUGUUUGUGCAAACACCAAGAGUUCACAUUGUAGCCAUGGAGGGAUGGUUAUAGAGUGUCUUUCUGGUUCUGAUGCCAAAGAAGGCAUUGCGAAAGCAGCAAACUUACUUUAUUCAGCUUCCUGCAAAGGCUGCAACAACUAUGCACCCUAUACUCGUGGAUGUGAUAAAAUGUUUACUGUUUUUACAGAAGCUGACAUGGCUAGUGCAUUGAGAACAGUAGGUAGCGGCGGACCAGAACUUGAUCUUCUUCUUGUGUAUGGUCCAGUUAGAUGCCAUUUGGGAUUUCCUUCUUGGAGAUUACGUUACACAGAGAUAAUGCAUAUGGGACCACUGAAAUCAAUGAAAUACAGUUCCAUUGUGAAAGUCUUGUGCCAGUUCGCACAAAAACAUCAAAAUUAUGGUAAGAUUGGUAAGCUGUCUGUUGGAAGAUGUUAAGCCAUCAGAUUUUCAAAUGGCUAGUCUUUUUUACGCAACUUGUACAUAGAGCUUGUUUUGCUGUCAAACUACACAUCAAGUUUCUGUAAGUACUGCACUCUUUUAAAUUUGAGCAGAACUUUCAGACUGGGAUGAAAAUCUUGAAAUGUGAUUCAACCAACAGCUCUAUGCACGAUUUUUUUUAGAAAAGAGUUAAAUCAAAUGCCAGUCAUCUUUACUUAAAUGAUCUCUCCUGACAGCCUGUUCCUCAGGUUCGUGACGGUGGAUACUAAUGUAAAGGAGGACCGAUUUGUUGUGCAGAAGACGACCCACAGCUUCCAGAACUGACCUCCGUUUAAAAGUAAAAAUCCUGUCAUAGCGGCUAUCUGCUUUGUGCUGCCUUUUUGUAGGGUCGAAGGGAACGUCUUGUGUGGUGAAACACUGGAAGCUUCCAUGGCUUAUGGCUUAAGGCAGCAUGUGCACGUGGAGCUUGUAUUUUGUUGUAGAAAACUAAAUUAACUCCCAUAGUUUAUUGUUGUACACUAUACUACUCCCAUAGUUUUUUAUUUCACCCAAUUUGGGUUUAUUCUUCUUUUUAAUAUAAUCAACAGCUCUUCUGCCUGAUUCGUUUAAAAAAUGAAAGUUGUGUGCCAGUUAAUUU